AGAUUAAAUCCACUUGAACUUUAUAUCACUUCAGGGGCAAUAAAAAUACUGCUCCUACUUCUUGGCAGUCGUUGCUGCCAGUCAUUUUCAGUAGCAUAUGCAAUACUGAAAAGUUACGUACCGUUACGUAUUAAAAUAUUAUUUUAUUAUAUAUAUGACGAGCAUUAGUGAUACAACAUUGGAAAAUUCAGCUACUCUUAAUUCUGGCGAUAAAACAACGACAAUGCAAGCAAACAGAAAAGGAAAUUCGGAAGAAUAUAAAUUAAUGUUAUUUUUAAAGAAUACGUUCGAUAAAGGAUUGUUUCAUAAAGAUUUCGAUACAUGGAAAACAGAAGAACAAUACAGCUGGAUAAAGGAGAAUCUUUCAAAAUUCUAUCCAAAUGUACCGGAGACUUUGCUGCAAUAUAUACCAGCUUAUUUUCGUCAACCCGAUUUUGAUCGGUCAUCGGUGGACAUGCCUGAUUGGUUGGACAUAAAUAAGUAUCGCAGAGGACAAAAAUUUGUAAGCGAAAAUUCUAUCGCAAUUAUAAUUAGCAAUCUAUUAGGGCUCAUUCAUGUGUAUACAUUCGAAGAAGCUCUAAAACCGAUUAUUAUAGGAGGACAUGGUCACACGAUAGAAUUAGGAUUAAAAAGAUAUGAAUCGACUGGAAAGCGAAUAAUGAGCUGGUAUCGCGGAGAACCGUGGGUUAAAGGGACGGAAGCCUACAAAAAUAUGCAGACUACGCAUAAGCUACAUUUAAUGAUGAGGAAAAAGUUGUGUCAGAUGGAUAAUGAGCAAAUCGAUGCUGCAGCUAAAAUCGCGGAACUAUACCGCUCAGAUCGUGAAAUAUUGCUCGAAGAUUUUGCUACGGCAUGUCCACUUGAAAAAAUCGGACAACGGCCUUAUAUUGCGAUAAGCGAAUCGCCACAUAAACCAAAGGGUAUAAAUAAUAUGGAUCUAGCAGCUGUACAAGCGGGUUUCAUAGGUUUGUUUUUGGUACGGCCUCAAGAUAUUGGAGUACACAAUGCGACCGAUCAAGAUAUAGAGGCCUUUUGUCACAUGUGGAGAUGCUACGGACAUUAUCUUGGAUUGGAAGACGAGUACAACUUUUGCCGUGGAAGUUUCGAAGAAAUAAAACAACGCGCACAAGAUUUUUAUAAAUAUUGGAUAACGUCUAAUUUCAAGAAUGUUUCGCCCGAAUGGGAGCAUAUGACAAGAUGUGUUAUUGAACCAAUACAUUUGCAUACUUUUCUGUAUAUGCCUUAUAAAACAAUGUUAUUAAUUGCUUUAGACUUAUUAGAUCUAAACAUGCCGCGUUUAUAUACAUCUCUCAGUUAUUCGGAAUGGAUCGCUUAUAAAAUUUAUAAAUUUAUACUUCAAUACGCUUUGAAAUUAUCCAUCGUAAGAGACUUUUUUAACAAUUUAAUGAAGCGUGCAGAAAGUAAACAAAAACAAUUAUAGCUCGAAAAAAGAAGACAAAUUUCAAGAAAAAUAAAAAAACCUGUUAAGAUUUAAACGAAUUCACUAUCUCCUGUAUCUUAAUAUAUAUUAAUAUAACAUUUUAUAUGUAAAUUAUAGAAAAAAAGUUUCGCCUUUCGCUUGUUAUAUAUGUUUGUUAAAACUUUUUGUAUUUUGUAUUUGCUUCAUAU